AUUAUCAGCAUCCAUGCGAUACAGUGGUUUUGAUUUCGCGAAGACCCGAUAUUAUCUGUAUAGAACUGUUGUGCUGUAGUAAACAUUAUGAAAUUACUGCAGAUAUUUUCAGUGUUUAAUAUAGAAUGUUUGUUUUGCUCUAACUACAUGUUAGAAAAUGUACUAUAAAAUAUUGUUUAGUGUAUAGUGAUGUUCAUUUGAUAUAAUUAAUGUAUAAACAUUUGUGGUUAGGUUUAUAUUUUUAAUAUAUUUUCUUUAAUCACCGCUGGCCAUUGACAAUGAAGUUGACGUAUAUCUGGUUAAUGUACUCAUUUUUAUGUUUCGGACCCGAAAUUUUGUGUGACAGAAAAUAUGACGAUUCUUGCUCAAUAAACGCCGAAGAUAAAUUUAAAUGUCCAAAUGGAGUAUGUAUCGAAUCGUCGAGGGUUUGUGAUGGCCGUAAGGAUUGUUCAGAUGGUGCAGACGAGACCAAAGCAUCGUGCGAUCGAUACGAGUAUGAAUUCGAUAUCACCAUGGAUGCCAGAGUUACGCAUAUUAAUCUUGAAAUAGAGCUUCUAAUUAUAUUACAUCUAAUAUUCUUUAAGAUUGCGGUAGAGUAAAUGCAAAAAACCAAGGAAUAAUCGGAAAAGGUAUGAAUAAAGCAACAGCUGAAACAACACCUUGGUACGUUGGAAUUUAUGGAUUAAAUAAAACAGAUUCUUAUUAUAACUUGAUAUGUGGAGGAUCAAUUAUUGCACCAAAUUUAGUAAUUUCAGCGGCUCAUUGUUUUGGACAGUAUGAUACGAUGAGAUCUAAAAAAAUAUCAAUAAAAGAUGGUCUAAUUAAAGUUUCUGUCGGAAAAUAUGAUAGAAAUUUUACUGUUAUUAACAAUAACUUUACUCAAAUAAUAAAUGUUAAAACGAUUUACCAUUCUGAUGGUUAUUGGGGAAUGAUUAACAAACAUGCUAAUGAUAUAGCUGUCAUUGUGUUAGCACACAAAGUUUCGUUUAGUAAUGGCGUUACACCUGUUUGCGUCGAUUGGAAAAGUGAAUACAAUGUAGUAAAUGGAGCUCAAGGAAAGAUUGUUGUUUGGGGACAAAUGAAAAAUGGCAUACAAAGUGUGUUAUUAGAACAAUUUUUACCUUACAUCAACACUAGUACUUGUCGAGAAAUGUAUUUGUAUAGUGGAUUCGAUGUAUAUGUGACUUAUGAUAAGUUUUGCGCUGGUUCUAAAUUAGUUUCAGGACAAGGAGUCAGUGUUGAAGAUAGUGGAGUGGGCAUAACAUUUUUACACUCAAAUUCUUAUUUUUUAUCUGGAGUUUUAAGUAUCAAGGAUACCGUAAAAAACAGUUCAAUAUUAGGUUUUACAGACAUUAAUGAACAUCUUCAAUGGAUUCGUGGACUGUUUAAUUUCAAACAUAUCACAGAUAGUCCUUGCGUUUUACCAGCAGUCGAAGGAGUUGUAUAUUCUUAUGAAGGUUCUAAUGAGAUUUUAUCACACGGAACUAUAGUUAAAUAUCUAAUUACUGUUAUUGAAAACUGUGAGGUUGGAUACCAUCAGGCCUAUCCCAAUGGUUUUAGGGUUUGUCGGGGAAAUGGGAAAUGGCUAUCAAAUUCUGAGAAGUUGUGUUUCAAAAUGUGUCCACCUUUAGAAUCAGAUAGUUUAGAUAUUAAAUGUAGUCAUAAUGGAAAGUAUGCAAAUUGUUCAAAUUUAUCAAUACCUGAUACAAUAGCAACACCAUCAUGUAAGCCAACAUAUACAGCUCCAAAUGGACAAGAUGAUAUUCCAUUUGAAUUACUUUGUCAGUCUGAUGGGACGUGGAAUAAACAACUGUAUAGAUGCAAUCCAUAUUGCGGUAGAGUAUAUAUCCUGAACCUAAUAUUAAUCAGCAAUGGAGAAAAAGCACUUGUUGGGACGGCACCUUGGAAUGUUGGAAUAUAUAGAUUAAAUAAAAUAAAUUCUGAUUAUGACUUUAUUUGUGGAGGAUCAAUUAUUGCACCGAAUUUAGUCGUUUCUGCGGCUCAUUGUUUUUGGCAAAAAGGUAUGAUUUCUAAUAGAAUAUCAGUAAAUGAUGGUCUAUACACAAUCGCUGUUGGGAAAUAUGCUAGAGACUUUACAGUAAUUGACAAUGACUUUACUAAAAUAAUUAAUGUGGACAUGAUUUAUCUGAAAGAAGGUUAUUAUGGACCAACUGGGUUUCAUGCUGAAGAUAUAGCUAUUAUUGUGUUACGAAACCGAGUUUCUUUUAGUAAUGGUGUUGCACCUGUUUGUAUCGAUUGGAAUGGUAGAUUCAAUGUAUCCAAUGGAGAUCAAGGAAAGAUCGUUGGUUGGGGAAAAACAGAAAAAGGCAUUUCAAGUCCUGUUUUGUUAGAAGCAUCUUUACCAUUUAUUGACCAUAGAUCUUGUAGAGAUAUGUAUACAAACGGGUUUGAAUCAUUUGUGACUGUUGAUAAAUUUUGUGCCGGAUCAGCAUUGGUUUCCGGACAAGGAGUGGGUAAAGGAGAUAGCGGUGCAGGCUUAAGCUUUUUACACUCUAAUUCUUAUUAUUUAACUGGAGUAGUGAGUAUAAAGGAUCCAAAUACAGAAAACUCAAUAGCUGUUUUUACAGAAGUUAAAUAUCACAUUCAAUGGAUUCGUGGACUGUAUAAAAAACAUAACUAAGACCAAAAUGUUAUGGUAAUGUUAUUAAAAUAAUUUAUUCCAAAAUUAAUUAAAAUCAAUAUUUGUAUGUACAUAGGUUUUUACAUAGGUAUGUAUAACAAUUUUUAACA